AUGCUAGGGCUUGGGAGCGCUGACGGCGCUAGGGUUUUGAAGGAGACAGAUGCUACGAUGGUGGAUAUCCCGGAGCGAGGUCCACCACCGGGUAAGCCGCCGGAUGUCACGUCCUCGUGGGCUUCGAUGGUUACGGGACGCUGGGGGUCGACUGAACCCGGAGAGCUUGGUCACGGAGAAGUUUGUUGCGGAGAGGCUGCGAGUGGAAUUUCCCAUUGGGACAGAUGGAGAGCCGGUGAUUACGAUUGGUCAGGAGGUGUUAGAGGCAAUGAAUGGGCUGUGGAACCAGUGUAUUAUCAUGAAGGUCUUGGGUCGGAGUUUUCCGAUUGCCGUGUUGACGAAGAAAUUGCGUGA